AUGGCCGGCAGUGAAGAGCUGAAGCUGCUGGGGUGGUGGGCGCCCGGGGUGAGCCCCUUCGUGCUCCGCGCCCAGAUGGCGCUCGCCGUAAAGGGGCUGAGCUACGAGUACCUCCCGGAGGACCGCGGGUGCAAGAGCGACCUCCUCAUCGCGUCCAACCCCGUGUACAAGAAGGUGCCCGUCCUCAUCCACGACGGCAGGCCCGUCUGCGAGUCGCUGCUCAUCCUGGAGUACCUCGACGACGCACCCGGCCUUGCCGGCAACGGCACGUCGAUCCUCCCCACAGACCCCUACAGCCGCGCCGUCGCUCGCUUCUGGGCCGCCUAUGUGAACGGCAAGUUGUUUCCUUCGUGCAUCGGCAUCCUCAAGACAGCGAAGCAGGAGGAGAGAGCCGGUAAGGUGGAGGAGACCCUGUCCGGGCUCCGACACUUGGAAGGUGUCCUUGCAGAGUGCUCCAAAGGGGAGGCAGAGGCGGAGGCGCCGUUCUUCGGUGGUGACACCAUCGGGUUCCUCGACAUCGCGCUCGGGUGCUAUCUUCCCUGGUUUGAGGCAGUAGGCCGCCUGGCCGGCUUGGGGCCGCUCAUCGACCCGGCGAGGACGCCGAAACUAGCCGCAUGGGCGGAGAGGUUCAGGGUCGCGGAGCCGGUCAAGGCGCUGCUGCCUGGGGUGGACGAGCUGGAGGAGUACAUCACUACGGUGCUUUAUCCAAAGUGGAACAUCGCCGUCACCGGUAACUAG